AAGUGAGGAUUGUUUGGUAAUUGAACUGAAAAAAUUUACUUGAAAUCGAACAACAGGCCAUGCCUCAAGCACAGGAAAAAGCAAAUUAAGAAGCAAUUCAAAAAUGAGUUCCACUCAAAACCAGGGAGCACCCUCGUCCAUUAAUGAAGAAGAUGACGAUGCAUGUCUCUAUGCCAUGCUACUGUCAAGCUCUCACGUAUUUCCCAUGGUACUACACGCUGCCAUUGAGCUCAACCUGUUUGAGAUCAUUGCUAAGGCAAGCCCCAAUGCUUACAUGUCGCCCUCUGAGAUUGCUUCUCAGCUUCCUACACAAAGCCCUGAUGCUCCUUAUAUGCUAGAUCGCAUGCUGCGUUUACUUGCUAGCUACUCACUUCUUACUUGCUCUAUGCGAACCUGCGAAGAUGGAAGUGUUGAGAGACUUUAUCGAGUCUCAACAGCUGGCAAGUUCUAUGUUCAGGAUGAAGAUGGAGGAUCUGCGGGUUCAAUCUCAUUGUUUGCUUUACAUAAAGCCACAGUAGAGGUUUGGCUACAUUUUAAGGAUGCUAUCCUUGGAGGAGGUAAUCUUUUUCAAAAAGUCCAUGGAAUGUCCAUCUUCCAAUACAUGAAAGCUGAUCCAACAUUGAAUAAUUUUUUUAACAAGGCAAUGGCUGAUCUCUCGGGAAUACAUAUGAAAAAAAUUCUUGAGAAAUACGAAGGAUUUGAGGGGAUAUCAUUGUUAGUUGAUGUUGGUGGUGGCACUGGAGCAAGCCUCAACAUGAUCAUUUCCAAGUACCCUUCCAUUAAAGGCAUCAACUUUGAUUUGCCUCAGGUGAUACAACACGCGCCAUCUUAUCCAGGUAUUGAGCAUGUUGGAGGGGAUAUGUAUGUAAGUGUUCCAAAAGGCGACGCCAUUAUGAUAAAGGGUACAUGUCAUAACUGGAACGAUGAACAGUGCAUAAAACUUUUGAAGAACUGCAAUAAUGCACUGCCAGAGAUUGUAAAGGUGAUUAUCAUGGACUUAAUAAUGCCAGAGGCACCAGAAGCGAGUAAUGCUGCUAAGUAUGUUUCAAUGCUUGAUAAUGCCAUGUUUAUUCAACCUGGAGGGAAGGAAAGAACUGAGAAAGAGUUUGAGGCCUUGAGCAAGGCUUCUGGAUUUUCAGGUUUUAAGGUUAUUUGUCGUGCCUUUACUGUCUUGGGAGUCAUGGAACUUUACAAAUAAGUCUUCAACUAUCUUCUUUGAACUCUUGUUUUUCUAGUUUCAUUGCUAAUAAGUCGUGGAACUUUAUGUUCAGGCUGUGAGGCCUUGUGCAAGGCUUCUGGAUUUUCAGGUUUUAAGGUUAUUUGUUGUGCCUUUACUGUGUUGGGAGUCAUGGAACUUUACAAAUAAGUCUUCAACUAUCUGCUUUGAACUCUUGUUUCAUUGUUAAUAAGUCAUGGAACUUUGAGUGUA